AUGGUUUUUUUCUCGGUCCCAGGUCUCCUAUAUAGCAGUGCGGGUCUAGGUCCUGCCUUCGGCUUCAUGGCAGGCGCCGCAUUCCUACAGAUCUACAUCGAUACCCCCUCCAUUCAGCCGCCAUCCGCCUCCCAAUUAGACGCCUACAGCCAAUCCUGGCUCGGUGCAUGGUGGUUGGGCAUGGUCAUCUUCGGUGUUAUCGCCUGUCUAACCUCACUUCCUGUCCUUGCUUUUCCUCGACGUCUUCCAAAUCCUCAAGACAGUGAUAAAUGUGGUGAGGUAGACGUCGAAGGAGGGAUUUCGUGCCCAUCGGAGCGUCCCGCUGCCAAAACAACUGCGCUCUCCACUCCUGAAAAUGACGGCAAGGGUGGAUUGGCCACAGGUGGCUUCGUUGCCACGUCACUACACCCUAUAUCCACUACCAUUCCUGGCCGCUUUCCUGAGCCCAUUUCAGAGGCUAGUGAGUCUCUCGUGUUGCAUUCACCACCAUUACUGAGUCCAGAGGUGGAAUGUAAACUGCAUCGAAGACAGGGGUCAAGGGGAGCCAUGCCGAUUGCAAUGCAGCAAUCAUUAACGUCAAAGGGUGUGCAACCAACGCCAACACCGCCUGCGUUUUUGGCAACCCCAUUGAAUAGACGAUCGGAGAAGGGGUCCUCCUCGAUGUGCGCAUGUUUACAAGCGGGUUUCUCAAGAAAGUUUAGAGGUCGAACCCGUGUUUUCUGGCGCGUUGUAACCAACCCUGUUUGGUUGGGAGUAACAGCCACCACGGUGACUGAGAACACCAUCGUCUCUGCCUAUCUUACCUACGCUGCCAAAUACCUGCAGGCCCAGUUUCGCACACCUGCUCAUCUUGCAAGCAUUCAUACGGGUGGGUGCUGUGUUGAAGUCAUGGGUUAA